AGCAUUCGAUGCAGUGACCAUUCUGAGAGCCCAUACCCCUUGCGCCUCUAUGGCAGAAGUUUUUUUGUCUUGACGUUUAUCUUGGUUUUUGUCCCACCUUGUAGUCGUGCUACUUAAUCAUAAUCAGCAGAAGCAAGAUGAUCUUGAGGGUGUUUCUGUCGAGCCUGCGUUUUGUACGUUUUUUCUUCGCCCUCGGAAAUUAUAAAAGUUAUGCCGCAGCGGCUGCAACACCAGUAACGAAGAAUGUGAUUUGGAUCGGCGAUUCUGUCACCCGCUACACAUACCUGGAUUAUGUGUACCGGAAGCACAGCAACUCUGCGACGCCACCUUCCCUUCUGUGGGAAGGCUUUCACGGGAACUGGACUUCGUACUACAAGGCGUCCACCGCUGCCUUCAACGGUUCGAUGCGGUGCGAGUGUUUCCGCGAGGGCCGGGAGGUUCCGACCAUGGAAGCAAUCGAAGCCGAGGCGAAGAAAACGAAGGUUUGGCCCCCGCCCUGGGUAAAAACGGUCGUCGAGAAUCGUUUUUGGUCGGAUAGAUAUAAAAACGAAGGCACGUCGUCGUUGACCAACACCACCACCGAGAGUCACACCUUCUUCAGCUACAUCGGCGAUUUUGGGGGUUGCCGCGGCAUCACAAACGACAUUCCUUCUGGCUGGAGGUUCCCGCGCGUGACCAGCGUGAACACGCCGGCGUGGCAGUUCGCCUACGAAAAUUUAGAUCUGGAGUUUGCGUUGCGCUUCUUGAUUCCAAAGCUGAAGCCAACGCACUUGAUAUUGAAUCUCGGGUGGUGGCCGCACACAAGAGACUUUCCAAAACUGGAGCGCAUUUUCUCCGCUGCGAGAGACGCGAUUGUUGAGACACCUGCCGGUGGCACGCGCACGGGUGAUGGUGUACGAGGUUCGGACCAGCAGGGAGAAGAGACAAAGACGAAGCCGCGUCGUGUGCUGUGGAAGGGCGGAACGCCGUCCCGGGACAACGAGCGGCCGUUCUAUGCAGAGACGGAAGACCGGGUGCGCCAUCUGGCCCGGACUAGAGGUGCCGAGCUGUCAUUGCAGUAUGUUGGGUUUCCAAAACCUCGGGAACAGAUCACAAAAGAGUGUUUUUGUGAUCGCGUGCACUUCUGCUGUCCAGAACUCUAUGAGGCACACAAUCUCGAGCUACAGCGGUAUCUCGAUGAAUAG